AUCCCACAUGGACCACAAUGACUGACUGCAUUUUCACUCGAUGUAUAUUUUUUUGGUCUUCUUAAAAUGUCUCUUAUCCUAGCAUCUGGGAGCGACAAAAGUAUUCAGGAAACUAGAACUGGAUUGUAAAAGUAGAGUCCAUUAUGAGGCCACCUAUUGCUCAUUUCACCCUAUCCAUCCUGGAGCACUUGGUGAAAUGACAGAACUGAGAAAGAGAACACAGAAAUGUCUAGAAGAACCUGCUGUUCAGGAGGAGGCCAACUUGAUGGCAGAUGCAGAGUCUGUUCCGAAGGCUGAGCGUGAACAAGUAUGUGCAGAGGAGAUCGCCUCAAAGGAGGGGGGAGAAAAUGAGGAGGCACACAGAGAAAAGCUGACACUGAAAGACAAAAUGGUCAGCACAGGAAGUAAGGAUGCAAAGAGCAAGUCUGCAUUUCAUCAAUGGGUAAAGGUUUUCUUUGGCAGCUGGGCAGCAGUUGCAAGUGGAAUGUUAUAUGCUGUGUAUCUUUCUACCUUUCAUGAAAGAAAAUUCUGGUUUUCUAGCAAACAGGAUCUUGAACGAGAAAUCUCUUUUCAAGAGAACAGUGGCUUGUACUACUACUAUUAUAAAAAGAUGUUGCAGGCGACAUCAAUCCAAGAAGGCCUUUUUGAAUUGACACACGAUAACAAGACAUUAUCGUUGAGGACCCUUAAUUCUGUGCAACAAAUCAAUCUGUAUCCAGAAGUCUUCGCUGGCAUACUGUACCGCAUUACUGGUAGUCAAGAAGCAAUUGAACCAGUGUAUUUUUACAUUGGCAUAAUAUUUGGGUUGCAAGCAGUUUAUUUGACUGCGCUAUAUGUCACAAGCUGGAUGCUGAGUGGGACAUGGAUGGCAGGCAUGCUUACCGUAGUGUGGUACAUUAUCAACCGGAUUGAUACAACCAGAGUGGAAUAUACCAUUCCUUUAAGGGAAAAUUGGGCUUUACCAUAUUUUGCAUUACAAGUUGGAGCACUCACAGGCUAUCUGAAGACCAACAUUAAUUCUACUUUGGAGAUGUUUUCAUAUCUCCUGAUGUGUGCAUCUACUUUUGCCUUUAUAAUGAUGUGGGAGAUUAGUCACUAUGUAUUAUUUGUCCAAGCCUUCAGUGUUUUCCUGUUGGAUUGCCUGGAUCUAACUCAAAGCCGCAAGGUGACUGAUGUAUACAGGAUGUAUCUACUAUGCCUUGUACUGGGAUAUUUUAUACAGUUCAGAAAUUCUGCCUUGCUGGCUUCCCCGUUGCUAAGCUUCAUUUGUGGCACGCAUCUUGCAAAGUACAUUCAGCAAAACCUUAAAAAAGGCCACUUUGUAGCAAGGCUGAUGAAAUUGUUGCUUCAUUUCUACUUGGUUUUCACAGUUUCAGUCACUUUAAAUCUUGUAAUUAAGAAAAUGGUCCCCCAAGAAGAAAAUGAGCAUAUAUUAAAGUUUUUUGAAGCAAAAUUUGACUUGAAUACUACAAGAGACUUCAACACAAAUUUGCUGCUCUGUCAAGAAACCUUCCAGACCCCAUCACCAGAAUUCUUUAUCCGACUAACUCAGACCUGUCUGCUCCCAUUCUGUAUGUCUGUGUUGCUUAUCUGCCUUUUCUCAACCUUGGAAGUAGUUUCCAGGAAGUUUCGUGAUGUGCCUCAAAAAAGUGAUGGCUCGCUCGAGAAUGUGGUGAUCGGUGAGAGGCCAGAGGUGGUUUACCACAUGUUCCACAUGGUGCUUUUUGGUUCAUUAGCACUGAUGUUCCAAGGCUUGAAGUAUUUAUGGACUCCUUACGCCUGUAUGUUCACUGCCUUUGGUGUCUGCUCUCCUGAGAUCUGGAUGACUGUAUUUAAGUGGUUGCGACUAAGAACAGUGCCUCCAGUGCUGCUGGCACUUAUGUUAAGUACUGCAGUUCCAACAAUAAUAGGGUUCAGCAUGUGGAAGGAUUUCUUUCCAGAUGUGAUGGCUGAACUCUCUGAACUUCAGGAAUUUUAUGACUCUGACACAGUAGAGCUGAUGAGCUGGAUCAAAAGACAAACCCCAACUGCUGCUGUGUUUGCUGGAAGUAUGCAACUAAUGGGAACUGUGAAACUCUGUACUGGCCGAACAGUGACCACCCACCCACUGUAUUCAGAUAAGGACCUACGGAAACGGACAGAGGAGAUCUACCAGGUAUAUUCUAGGAGAUCUGCAGAAGAUAUUUAUAUGAUUCUCAUGUCAUAUAAAGCAGAUUAUUUCAUAAUUGAAGAAGGAAUUUGUAAUGACAUGGGACCAGUGAAAGGCUGCCGUGUAAAGGACUUGCUGGAUGUUGCAAAUGGCCAUAUACUUUAUGGUGAAGGAGACAGUGAUGCAAACUAUGCGUUUUCCCUGUAUGGACGAUUUUGCCAUGAGAUUAAACUGGACUAUUCUCCAUAUGUCAACUAUUUCACUCGUGUUUACUGGAAUAGGUCAUAUCGCAUGUACAGAGUCAAUACACUGAUAUCAUUUCAGUACUAAUGAAGAUUGAAACCUUUCCAAUCAUCACCCUCAUUCGUGUUGCAUAUAUUUAAUGUGUUGAAGCAAUGUCUCAUUUUACAGAUGGACUUUUAAAAAGGAACUUUUAAAAGCAUAUAAAUAACAGUUGUUUUUUAACUUAUUUUUUACAAAUUAGUCUGAAACGAAAAGAGGGCAAAUCUUGCUUUUUGAAAUCACCCUCAAGUAUUGUUGUUCAGAAUGGAGGACUGAAACAGAAACUUGCAAUAGGUUGAAAUAAGUUAAUCCACAUCUAUUAAUUCAGCUGCAGAAGAGUAUUGAAUUUACUUGUUUGGAUAAGGAACAAACCCUACUGAGCUACACAUGGUCUUAAAAACCACUGCACUCUAGGUGGAGCUUAAGCAUACUCGAGCAUUGUGCACAUUUAGUCUACAUGCCUGAGCUCUGCCCAAAGCUUAGCAACUUUUAUAUCAGUUGUAAACAUUUUUUUAAAGUAUUACAGUGGGUAAUUUACUUCACUGUUUUUGUUUAUGGAUACCCAGAGAAACAGGACUUUUGCGUUGAAUCCUUGAGGCCUUACUAAAAAUUGUUAUUAAGUAUGACUAAGUUAGUGUUUCUUUUAAUAACUAGCUUGGUAAGUUGAAAGGGGAACAUCUUUUAGAACAGUCUUGUUUAACAUCCAUGCAGUCCACAUGUACUACUAACUGUUCUUUGAUCUUGUAUAUUACGAAUGAAUUUUAUUUUGUAUCAAAUUAUUAGGCACCACAUAUUUUUAAUUUUAAAUUGCAAGAAAAUCUUGAUUUCUAAAGAGUGAUAUAAUGAGAUAGAAGAUUGUUCACACAUUGUCUCACACUCCUGCUGUCAUGAACCAUCUUCCAGAACAUCAGAUGAGGGGAAAAAACCAAGAUGAGCUAGAAUGAGGCAUCUGCACUUCAAGAUUACUUAGACAAUGCUGGUGAUGUAUUUUGCUGCUCGUUGAUGUCCUUUUUGUGGUCUAGCUUUUAACUCAACUUAUCAGACCCGUAUUGGGGAGAAUACUACCAUAGUCACAAAGGUGGGAAGCAAGUGAUUUGGCUUUUCCAUUUCAGCACCUUUACUGAGAAGAGAAAAACGUAACAGUGGAAAAUAGGGAAGGAAAAUACCACAUUCACUUUGAAAAAGAAAAUAACUUUUGAGUGGAAAGAGAUGCUUCAGUAGGUUAGACACUAACCUUGAGGAUCAAUGUUGAAGUCUAGCCCAGACUGAAGGGAUGAAUAGCUUUAAUGACCAUUAUAAAUGAGUUUGUGCAGUCUCAAAGCCUUCAACACAAAGCAACUUUGAUACUAAUUGGUAAUCUCACUCAAAAAGGCCGCAGGAUGCCUAGUAUGGAAAGCGGAGGAAAAGAGACACGCUGGUACAGCAGAGAGUAAUCUUUUGCCAGUGAAAGUGUAGAGACAGCUAUAUUCUGCAAUAAAAAAACCAAAGUGCUGGAAAUACUCAGCAGGCCUGACAGCAUCUGUGGAGAGAGAAACGGAGUUAAUGUUCUGAGUCUAAUAUGACUACUCUUCACCUGGCUGUGCUAUACCUCACCCGAGAAUACUUGAUGCUACCACCAGAUGCUUCAACUGGAAAGCGUUCCAUUCCUCAGCAGAGCAUUCCUCACCUUGAUGAGCAGAAAAAAAAUCUCAAAAAUUAUCCUUUUGAUUUUUUUAUAUAGUGCAAUAUAACUGCAAGUUGGUGUCUCAUUUGGUGGUGAAACAGUAGUAAAGUAGAGCAGAGUACCCACUUAAGAUGCUUUUUAAAAUCAGGCCAGAGUAUUAGAGGGUUUAGGAAAUAUCUUUUAUAGCUUGUGUUAUGUUUGUUAUAUUGUAAAAUACAUUUUUAUUUCAAUGACAUGUUUGUCAAAGAACACUCUCUAUGGUGUGGAUUAAAAUAAAUGAAUAUGAUGAUAA